UCCCCGCCCGGAUUAGUGGCAGCUUGGCCUGACUCUCCGGGGCUCCUUCCCCCGCCCUGCCUGCUGCCCACCCCUGGGCAGGGGGCUACUCUGCCUGAGGGGCACUGUGCUUGCCCAGGGUGCUGGAGGAGGAAACCGGCGGAACAGCUUCCCCACUCUCAGUUGCGCGUCUGGCGAUGGCGAUCAGAGGUCCUGCUGCGCUCUCCGCUGCGCUCUCCCUCCAUUAGCCGCGCUACGCGGUGCUGCGCCCUCGCUGGUGCCUCUCUCCUGGCUCACGGGAUCGGCCCCCCACUUCCAGGCACGACCCCCUUCCCCGCCCCUCGGCCUUUCCCCCCCACUCAGCCAUCUCCGACCCGGGGCGCGUGUUCCCCCCGGCCCGGCUCCUUCUCUCCCUCCGGGGACACCCGCUCCCUAGCCCCGGCCCGACCCUCCCCAAAGCGCAGCACGGAGUCUCGGCGUCCCAUGGCGCAACCUACAGCCUCGGCCCAGAAGCUGGUGCGGCCCAUCCGCGCCGUGUGCCGCAUCCUGCAAAUCCCGGAGUCCGACCCCUCCAACCUGCGGCCCUAGAGCGCCCCGGAGGCCCUGGGGAAAAGAGAGCGCGAGCGCGCUGAGCAGACAGCGGGAGAACGCCCCGAAGCCGGCCCAUGGGGAGCGAGUGCCCAGCGCCGGCUAGCACGACCGCCGCCCACACCGCGCCCGGCCAGUGAAG